AUGGCGUCGAAACCCGAAGCGGAAGCGGCCCCCGCGCCGAAAUUCGAACAUCCAAACGCGGGGCACGCCAAGAAGAAACGUCCCAGCGCAUACGCCAUUGAGCCCAUCAAGGCCUUUUACAUCUUUCUCGUCGCGAACCUGAUUGCCGCCGCGUAUGCGCCGAUCCAAGACUGCGACGAAACAUUCAAUUACUGGGAGCCCACGCAUUACCUGUCGCACGGCUACGGCCUGCAGACGUGGGAGUACUCGCCCGACUAUGCCAUCCGCAGCUGGCUUUAUGUCGCGCUGCACGCGGCCGUCGGAAGCUUUCGCCGACUGCUGCCGCGCUCAACCAAGGUCGCCGAGUUCUACUUUGUUCGCUACGUCCUCGCCUUUGUCUGCGCCCUGUGCCAGGUCCUCCUCUACCAGGUCUCCAGCACGACGCUCAAUGCCCGAAUCGGCCUCUUCUUCAUGAUUGCGACCGUCACGAGUCCCGGCAACUUUCACGCCGCGGCCGCAUACCUGCCCUCCAGCUUCGCCAUGUACAUGGCCAUGCUGGGCGCUGCCUCAUUUAUGAACUGGCGUGGUGGUCUCCGGACCUCGCACGGCAUCUUCUGGUUUGCCGCCGGUGGUAUCCUGGGCUGGCCGUUUGCUGCUGCCCUGUGCGCGCCCUACAUGCUGGAGGAGGUCUUCUUUGCCUUCUUCAGCGACAAGUCUGCCUUGAUUGAGUGCAUCAUGCGCGUGGCCCGUGGCGUCGUCGCCGGUCUGAUCCUUUUGUUUUUCGACUUUUUAAUCAACCUCUUCUUUUACAAAAAGAUGGCCGUCGUCAGCUGGAACAUUGUCAAGUACAACAUCUUCUCAUCGACCGGCGGCCCCGACCUCUACGGCACCGAGCCCUGGACCUUCUACUUUAAAAACUUGGCGCUCAACUACAACAUUUGGUUCAUGCUGGCCCUGCUUGCGCUGCCACUUUUCCUUAUCCAAAAAGCGGUCUCGCCGUCUAGCCAUGGCUUUCAGACUGGCCUGCGAGCGGUUGUGUUUGUUUCGCCGUUCUACAUGUGGCUUGGAAUUUUCACGAUGCAGCCGCACAAGGAAGAGCGCUUCAUGUAUCCGGUGUAUCCCUUCCUGGCACUGAACGCGGCCAUGUCGCUACAUAUUAUUCUGGCUGCGCUUGGAAACGCCGACAAGAAGACUCUUGUCGGUAUGAUUCCCGCACGACUAAAGCUCUUUGGCGUCGUCAUUGUCAUGUUUCUGUCUCUCGACCUCAGCCUGUCGCGCAUCUACGGCAUCUACGAAGCCUACUCGGCACCGCUCAAGGUGUACGCGCCGCUCUGGGGCGACACCGACGGCGCGGCUGAGAAUGCGCUGGGCGGCGACAGCGACAAUGUCUGCUUCGGCAAGGAGUGGUACCGCUUCCCGUCGUCGUACUUUUUGCCGCGCGACAUGCACGCCAAGUUCAUCCCGUCCGAGUUCCGCGGGCUGCUGCCGGGCGAGUUUUCCGAGGCGGCGACGGGCUUCGGGUUCUGGAGCGGGACGUGGCUGCCCACCAACGGGCUCAACGACCGCAACGAGGAGGAUCCAGGCAAGUACGUGGACCUCCGCAUGUGCUCGUUCCUGGUGGACACGCAGUACCCGGAGCGCACCGCCGCAGCAGCCAGCAAGGCCCUGCCGUCACGCGAGCCGGAUUUCGUGGCAGACACGAGGCGGUGGGAGACGGUCAAGUGCGAGCGCUUCAUGGACGCGGAGAAGACGCCGCUGCUGGCGCGCAUCUUUUGGGUGCCGGACCUGCCCGGCGUGCCGGCAUGGCUGAAGCGGAAAUGGGGACGGCACUGCCUGCUGCAGAAGAAGAAGCCCUCGGAGCAGGGCAUGUGGGUAGAUCCAGGCGAGAUGAUGUUUGGCUGA